UGCCUGGCAGGGCUGCAGCACGGAGAGAGAGACAGAGAGAGAGAGGGAGGGCAGACCAGGAGGGACGUGAAAUGUUGGCGAAGCAAUUUCGUGGUUUCAGGUUCUGCCGGGUGGAACCAAUGACGAGCCGCUCGCCUGUCUUCGCACCCAUUUUCAGCACACACGCACAUCCCAGAGGUGACGUCACAGCGCACACACACGCACGUGCGGCUCGCGGGCGCCAUGUUGAGGGAUGCGCUGCGGCGUGGUGCGAGCCGGGACUGAGCCAGUGGUUUCAAGGCGCAAGACCCGUUGCUAAUGGGGAUGGGGAGGAGGAACUGCAGGGGGGGGGAUGUUUACAAGACGGAGGCUAGUCUGCAGAGACUUUUUAUUGACUUGCAGCUAGUUUGGCGCACUUGAAAGUCGCACCCCCGGUGGGUGCGUAGUACACGAUUCGCCUCGUACAGUUGGGGGACUGAGUGUGGGAUCGUGGGACCCUGUAGGGACUGUGGGGAUUGUGCGAAACGACGAAACAUGUCGUUAGCGAGGCGGUUGAUGGAAAGAGGCUACCACCCACGGCAGUGACGUAAUGUUGUUACAUCGUCUCGUCACCCGAAAUUCGAUGUUUGCGACCUGAUCUAAACCACAGCAGCCACGCAGCAGGGAGGAGAGCGCCGUGCCGGAGAGUCUAUCUACCCUCCUCCCCAGAUAGCCGGCAACUUUGAUAACUCGACGAAGAGAACUCAAGCUCCUGCAUCGCGCGGCACUAUUCAUACGUCACCAUUUGUACGUCACCAUCCUCACCUCAUACCGCCUUCCUGUCGGCUGCGUGGGGGGAGUGGUUUCUGUAUGGAGGAGACCGGAAGUUUUUGACGAUUUGUUGAUUUGGCUUCACGUACCUGGACUGAGCAAACGUCACACAAGGAACUCGGUUACGCGCCUGUCAUGUUCGCUCUGCUUCGAUCCUUUACGGUAACGUAUUCUUCUAUCCUACAUAGUCGACAUGGACAUCAUCUGAGAGGUCGAGGCCAAGCCAAAAUGUCUUCACCGCUAUCAAAAAAUAUGUUGACCUUAAGUGAUGCAGGUCAUGACCACCAUGUUUUCUUGGACCACGAAGAUAGUUGAUGCUGGUGGACCAACGGUGACACUUCAUCGAGCUGAUACAACUAGUACACGCACUUAACCCACAGAGAUCUUCAGCCAUUAUCUAUCUGUUUUUACCUGCGUUCUGGGAUUCCUUCCUGGAGACAUGUUUCCUUCUGAACCAGCAGCGUGACCUGAGUGUUGGUUAUCAAUCAACGUCGUCGUUGGCCUUUGAACUGGAAACCAUGGCGACGGGUACGCGACUAAUGAAAGAGAUCUCGGACCAGUUCCUGAUCUGCAAGAUAUGCAUGGAUGUGUUCAAGGAGCCCAAGAUGUCCUGCCUACACACGUUCUGCUGCGCAUGCGUGCAACAACAGUAUGACGCGGAAUCGAAUCGCCCCACGCGCUACACCAUCUACUCCCGCUCCGUGACGUGUCCCUUGUGCCGCAAGCGGACGGAGCUGCCGACAGGUGGCGUUCGGCGCCUGCAAGACAACUUCCUGGUGUCCAACCUGACGGAGGUGCUGGCCAAGAAGUGCACGUCCAAAGUCCCGCCGUGCGAGAUCUGCCACACCGUCAGGCCGCGCAGCAACGACGCGUGCUCCAAGUGCCUGGACUGCGCCAAGCUGCUGUGCAAGACGUGCGUCGAGCUGCACGUGGCCACCAAAGUGACGCAGGACCACAACCUCAUCGACAUCGAGGGUCAGAAGGACAUCGAGUGCAAGGAACAUCCCGAGGAGACGGUGCGCUUCUACUGCGAGAAGUGCGAGAUGUGCAUCUGUGUGGUGUGCGCUUUCCAGGAACACAAGGACCACGACGUCUGCUCCUUCAACGACGGCUUCUCCAAACACAAAGUGACCCUGGAGAAUCUUCUCUCUCAAGGGAGAGAACGCCUGAGUGGUGUCGAAAACAGACUUAAGCUGAUUGACAAGUACGAGUCGAUCUCAAAAGAACUGCGCGAGCGCAUCCGGGACCUGGCGAUAAGUUACACCUCUCAGGUCCGCCAAGAGAAAGAACUUCUAAAAAAAGUCGACGAGCUUUUCAGCGGCGAAGUUUCCGAUCUCAUCGAGAACAAGACGGCGUUGCAGGAAUCUUUCGACAGCCUUCAAAGCGCGUGCAACCUCACGGAGAUAGUCAUGAAGGACAAAGUUGAAAUGUUGUUCCUGAAGAAGGAGAUUCAGAGCAAGAUCGACCACUUACUCGACAGCAGCCUCCCACCCCUUCCUCCGGACCUCCAGCUUGACGUGCAGUUCAUACCUGGGGAUGUCAAAUUAGGGGAGAUCUUCGUGCCGGGGGACCCUGAGGUCACGUCACCAACGGAAGCGAAGCUGGCUAACGGCAUGUUUGUCUCGGAUUACAAAGUCACCAAAGAAGUCACCGAAUGCGAAGAUUGCAAGACGCGAAAAGGAAUCGAGAACCGCGAGAAACAGAGAAUGAGGAUCGGUGUACACGCAGACCAGACCCACCAGACGAACGUCAGAACGCUCAAGACGCAGACGGAGGAGAGCAGUGUUCGCGACGCUGCCUGGGGGGUCGCGGCAUCGACAGGCAGCUCUUACCCUAACACAGGAGCCGCCAUUGCCGCAGCCUUCCUGCAGCACAACCAGCGCUUCGUCCCCAGCGAGGACAACAGAUCCGGUGCGCGGCUACGGACAGUCCACAUCGAUCCCAUCGCUUCAGUCCGUCAACCUGUAACCAAACCGCCUGUGCAGACGCGCGACAAAGCGGCCAUGACUUCGUUUAAGGUUAAGAUCGUGGCCUCGACGGAAGAGAAAGGGACUUCCCCGGACAGCGUGCAGUCGCGGGGUGUGGGAGUCAUGACCUGCCAAGAGGUCAAGGAUGUCCAAGCGCAGACCAGCCCAGCAAAGCUGAAGGACACUGCGUCCAGCACGGACUAUGGAGGUCAGAUGUCGAAGUGCACGUCGACUCCGUCGCUGAGCGCAGUGGACGCCGGGACCUACAUGCCGCCAGUGACCAGCGAGAGCAAGGUAACAUGGACGGAGGGUGUGGUCACAGCCGAUCGUGCCACCUGUACGUUCAGCUACGUGACGUCAGACGCCGCCACCUGCACGAUGGGAGUGACCACAGGCGACUUCGCUGUGCAGGUCAGGCCACCAGGAGUGCCCAACAGCACCAACACAGCUCCGCCGAAAGUCGCUCACCACCAUUGUCAAACCACACCCAGCGUGGUCUCCCGCGGAACUAUGCCCGACCCCAAGCUUUCUACUGCCGUGGAUCAUCAUCUCCCAUUGCAAGAGGUUGUCCCCCCUGUGCGCGUCACCACUCUUCCACAGUCCCCCGUGCUGGUCAUCCCAACUUUCGACAAAGGCCACGGAGACGUCACACGUCGAGCUCACGUCACGUAUCUCGACAACUGGACCUUGACCCCUCAGCCCCAGCUGAUCAACACCGGCGUCACGCCGCCACGCCCCGGUGUGGAUGUGGGCGUCGCCACCAUGCCAAUCACUUUGAUGGACCAGGCUACCUACACAGAGGUGCAGACCUUCAGGGACUCGUGUGUGGAGACCUCGCUGGUCGUGUGCGACAGCGAGACUGUGACGGAGCGGCACCUGCAAUGCGACGCGCAAACGGAAGCAGUUGUCAGCUCCGAAGAUGCAGAAACCUUCGUGGAAGUCGACUUCGCAGAAGUUGCCUCCAUGACAGAGGAAGCAUCAACGUCGCCAGCACCGCCAGCGCCUCCCAAAGAAAUCCGAGACUGCGAAAGCCAGUGUGUGACCCCGGUCAUGCUGAGCAAGGAGGUCAACACUUCCCGCCAUCGCCGCAAAAGCAAAGAGGUGCAGACGACCUACAGUUACAUAGAAUGCGUUUUGUGCGAGCACGGCGAGAGGCUCGCAGCUCCCAAGACCUUCUCCGACACCUCAACAGACCCGAGACCGUCGGAAAUGCAUGACGUCGGGACCAUGGCGUUGUCGUGUCUGGCGUCGUCGCCGGGGCUGACUAGCUGCAGCAUACAGACCUCGCUGGCCACUCUGUGCGACAAGAGCGUGGCCACGUCUUUUGAUGACGAGGAGACGCCGAGGGUUUUUGUAGGCCCUGAAUGCUGCGACGCCUCUACUUCCACAGAAUCUCUGCCGUACAUCGGCCUCCUUAGCGAGAUCGAUGUAGACGAGCUGAUAGUCAUUCCGGAGGCUAACUUCGAGCUUGUCUCUGACUCAGACUCAGAGGCAGACCACGUGGACAUGGUGGACGACGAAACCUUGACCGAGACGUUGGCGUACGUGGAGGUCGGGACGCAGACUCUGAUGCAGGUCGGGAGCGGAGUAGAGCAGUUGGCUUUCCCCAUUCGGGCUGAGGAGGAUCUGCUGAAGCACGUCGUCAGCAUCGGCGUCAACACCAUGCCGAAGGUGACGUUUGAGAAGGAGACGUCCACUCCCAUGCGUCACCUCUUCUCCAAAGGUACUAUGACGUUCUACGUGUCCAAGAUGGAUAAGGCCACCAGCACCUCACCACCAUGCCGCGCGCUGUCGUUGCUGCCGCUGAAGGCAAGUAGGGGCGCAAUCGGGGGUGGAGCGGGCAAUAAGGGGGCUCGCGAGUCGGCGUGUAUGCAGAAGGCGCGUGCGGUGGACGACAAGCACACCAUGACCUGCCGAGCGGACCACCGGGAUGUGGCAGUGGAGACGGACUCCUCGCUGCUGGAUGGCCGCAUCACCCAGUGCAUCUCCAAGCUACGCAGCGUGUCUGAGCGCCUAAACAGCCCCACAUCUCGGAAGCAAGCCGAGGGAGAUUUGUUUUUUGGCAAGUCGUUCCUGACUUCCUCUCCUGCCUCACCUACUUCUCCCCCGCCAACUUCCCACACCAAAGGAUGUUCAAGGCUCUCCGCCCAGAGACAGAAACGUAGAAGAAGAAAGGCAGAGACAGUUUCGCACCCUUUUGGCCGAGACUUAUGCCAGCAAAAGUCUGCCUCGAGGCAGUCUUCGCUGGACCGGCAGAACAAGGUCAAGAUGGGCAGCCAAGCCACCUCCCCGAGUCGUCUGCCCUUGCUCAGGUACAACUCGGCCCCUGGGAGGAUCGCGACCGUACCCGCACAAACCUUGCUCCGCAAGACCGGGCAGACGUCACCCAGAACAUCACCCAGCAAUCCGGUCAGCCAGAAGAAGUCUCCAACGCUGACGUCAGUGCCUGCCUCGGACACGAAGACGUCCAAAGCGCAGCAGCGGCCUUCCCUACCGUCCAUCUCGGAAACCCGGACGCCUUCUUCAUGUUCGGACACCUCCACUGCAUCGUUUCUGUCGGCGGAACACGAACCGGAAGUCGUCAGCGGAAACAGCGUCCACAGACCUGGGAGAGGACACUUUGUCGAUAAGCUCGUCCUCCGCAACGCCCAAGAGCCAGAGCGUGAGCCCGCAAAAGUCCGAGUCUGCGCCAGAAAGUCCAGUGAAGCCGAAGAAAGAGAAGGGAGGCGGUCUGGGCUUCAUGCAGAGGCUGCUGUCGGGAAAACGAAAGAAGACUCGUCCAGCGUCACGAAAAAACAGGAAGCGGAAGCUGCGCAAAAACAGCAACAGUCACAGCAACAAGAGGUCGCAGCUGUUCCCACCUGCCAGUCACCAUCGUCAACGCCGACAUUGACUAGAAAAAGCGGGAUCAAAAUCAUCACCACACCAGCGUCGCCUCCCCUGGCGCGACCGACAACUCUAGGACCUCCGUGGCUCCAUGCUGCUGCAUCUGUUGGUGACGCUGCGCUCCCUCCUCAUCUACCCCCUCUUCCAGACCCCAAGACCCCACCGGCCCCACGGAAACCGAGACCGUUCGUGUAUGUUCGGCAGCGCAUCUUCUCCAUACAGCAGGACAAUGUGGAGGAAGUGCAGGAGAAGAGAGAGAAAGAGAAGGAAGAUAAAUGGGAAGAAGUUGAAAAGGAAGAGAGUAGGUCAGGUAAGCCGGGACAAAAGGAUAGAGGGAAGGCCAAAGGGAAAUCUAAAGAAGAAAGUUGCCGAAAAAGAAAAGGGUAAGGAUAAAGACAAAGGGAAGGGAAGCAAGAAGUCAGAGAAAUCCAAACGGAAGUCACGUGACCUCGAUAGCGACCAAUGACAUUCUUGAGUGGUCCAAAUGUAGAAGCUGUGAUGUGAAUAGCACAUGUGUGUGAUGAGUAAUAUUCUAGAAAAUGAGAAAAAAAAUCGUUGUUGAACCCACACGAGGGAGGGUGUGGGGACGGAGGGAAGGGUGGAUGUAGAGUGUGACAAGUGUGACAAGUGUGACUGGAGGGACGCUGGACAAGAUGGCGCAUGACAUGUAUAUCAGCAUGAUGAGUAAGCGACACCAUCACCAGCCUCACUACGUUUUGUAGUUUCCCUGACAGAAGAGUGUAUUGCUAUGCAUGCUGGGUGGACAAGCACUAUUAUCGUGGACUAGCGAGACUGACUGUACUCAUAUACACUGUACUCAUAUACACUGUAUUUUGUGGUUUUCAUGACAGAAGAGUGAUCAGAGCUACAUUUUUGUUUCUCGUCUAAGAACAACACAAUCUUCGAAUUCGAAGUUGCCUUUCUAGUUAAUUAUAACUAUUCUUUACCUUUACUUCAUUUUACUUACAGUUAGACAUGAAACUACCUCAAGAAAACUGCUUAAGUUAUUUCGGAUUCAAUUCAAAUAUUUUUUAAAAGACAACGUAGAAAUUUUUUUUUCUCUCUUCCAAUUAUCUUUCUGAUUCAUUUACUAAUCUGAAAUGGAAAAAAAAUUAACUCAGUACUAAAUUUUUUUCAUCGCGGAUUUGUGGCAAACAUUGCACGCAGACUAACUGACAAGUCCUGUUAUUUAUUUAUUUUAUUUAUUUAUUGUGUGUUGUGCAUGACCCCCGAUGCAAUAGAAUGACUACAUAUAUGUCUGUGUGUGCGUGCGGGCGGGCGGGUAGGUGCGCAGGUGUGCGGGUGUGCGCGCGCGGAAGCGGAGGAGGAGGUGAAGGUACCUGCAUGACGUAGCUGUUUAUUCCUCAACAAUAUCUGACGUCUGCUGGCAUUUCGGGAGGAACAGACUCUGUCUUGUUACCGAGGCUGGCCGAGACACGGAGCACAGCGCCACAAACAAGGACUCGUGCUAUUCACAGUAAACAGAGAGUGGCGGGGCCUGACAGCGCGAAGCUCUCGUGAAGCAGAGCUGUUCUCAAUGAAUGAUAUCACUCACAUCUCGGCUGAAUUUUUAUGUUCUUCCAAACACAUCCGUCUGUCUUUUAAUUUAUCCGUACCAUCAUGGCCGCUACUGAAAUAUUAGACUUCCGCAAAGCGUUUGAUGCUAAAGACUCGUUUCAAAUGUGGUUUUAGAAGGAGAUACCUUGGAAUAAUACUUUUGUAAAUAGCCUUUUCUUGAAAAGAGGUUUUGGGGAAUUUCUUCUUCUUCUCGCUAAUUUCAUCUUUUUCGUCUUCUUUCUUUUUCUCAUCCUUCUCUAAUUCCCCUUCUCUUUCCUCUUCUCCCCUCCACGGAGUACUAACGCAGUGCAGAGUUCUAAACGUUUAUCAGUGCAAUUCUCGACUGUGAAAUCUCGCGCAGUCUCGUGAGGGAACUUGGAGAUCACGGCUUUGACAUCUGUCUCGAGAGUUCCUAUCGCUGUACGCGCGUGCUUCUGCAUGUCGGCGCCUCACCAGCUGCAGGCGCACGCGCAGACAUGCGCACUGCUUGACCUACUUCAGGAGAUCAGAGGAAGAGAGAGUGGGCGUGCAAGGAGGAGGAUGAUGAUGUGCAUGAACGGAAUGUGAUUGUGUUUGUAUUUUUUUUUUUUUUCUUUUUUUGAGAAGACAGAAGUCAUUUAGAUAUUGUCAAUGGGAUUCACAAAUGUGAUGUUUUCGUUAUGGAGUGUAGUGAAUCCUUCUGUUAUGACAUUUCUUUUUCUCUCGCGAUCUCAAGUUCCAAAGACAGGAUAGUACUGGGAGCAAUCCUAUUUGUCGUAGACAGUAUACCCGAGCGUGUAACACGCACCCGGACAUCUGUGUAGGGAACGUAAAGGGAGGCGGCACCUUUGAUCUCUGCACCCCGUGCAGCUGAGUAGCACAUCAGGCGCUCGGCGAGUCUCGAUGCAAAUAAAGCAGCCGCGAGAUAUCAGCAUCGUAAAAAGAAAGAUAAGCAUAGUUUCAAAAAUGUUUCAGAGAAACAUGUAAGAAAGGAAUUGGCUGAUGAAAUCUUGACUGAGAUUUUACCUUUCAGUCUUCAACAAGCUUACAAAGUACUUUUUAAAUAUUUUGAAAAUGUAUCAGAAAAGUUCCGUUCUUAUACUUUAGGGUCUUGCUGUAAGGAGAGAAAAAAGGCCACUCCCUCAUUCUGGAAAAUCCUGCUUUCUAUACUCUCUGAAGAAAACUCCCAUCCUAUAAGACCAGAAAAGCCUUCUCGUCUGUUCUUAAUGAAAACCUAAUGAGAGGAUACAGGCUUGUAGCAGCAGGUUGCAACUUUACAAACGUAUUCACUGUCUCGGUGCAUCUCACAUGAUUUGUUGCAAAAACUGAGCAGACCAUAUGUUUCUUUGUCUUCUUAGUUGCUUGGUCCAUUUGUGUUUAUUUGUUUGCUUGCUUGUUUCAAAUGGAGGAUGUUGGUGAGGAUGUCCACUGAUGUUCUCCUAAAUGAACUAUCUUUUGGCGAUUACAGUUUUCUGAUUUUGUGAAUCGUCUGCCGUUUGCCAAAAUUCCUUCAAAGAUAUCUUAUCCUGCUCAGUCCCUUGCCGGAAAGGGAGGGGGAGUUUGGGUGCGUGGGGGUUGACGAAUAAGAUUAACCUUUUCACCUACGAUCAGCAAAGUGUACGGAAGACAAUCAGGUGCUCCGUGCAUCCUUAUCUGAUGAAUGAAAAAUCUCUCAGGAGUGCGGUCUGACACAUCCUCGACUGACAUCACCUGUCGAUGGUGCACUGACUUCUGGCGCCGUUACCACCCUCGGUUUGUCGACACUUCAAACCGUCGGAAGCACUUUCAUUAUAAACGUCUACAGCUUGCUUUCAUCGCCUUCCUCAUCUUUCGAACCUUUCGUCAGAUCUCUUCUUUCGGUUGAGGAAGACAGGUGAAGCCACGCUACAACUGUAAAGUACAUCGUCAGGACACCGGCGAAUCGAUUCCCAUUUCACACUUACUUUAAAUCUUUUCGUAAUUUUGUAAGCAACUGGAAGUAUUGUGCAAGUGCGGUGUUUGAGAUGUUUCAAUCCGGUUUGGAAUUUCUAAAGCGUAUACUUGUAAGACCUUUACCUUUCUAGCAAACAACUCGCUAGCCUUUUGUUUCCAUCGGGAAUCUGUUAUAUUACCAAUUAGCGAAUUUUAGAAAGGGUCAUAGGUCAGGGAUAGAUGGCGUGAUUCACGCUUCCCCAUCCCAGCGUCUUCAUGCUCACAGUGAAUGCUUUGUCUGUCCUCUUCCUUCUCUACACAAGGCGGUGGUUUGAAGAUUUAUACUCUGCCAGACAGAAAUCUUUGCAUGUAGUCAUCAUUGCCUUUCUCUGCUGCUACAUCUCGUUUCCUUUCAUCAUUCCACUUCACGAGGAUGAUCCCUCAUUGUACAAGUCCAGGCGCAUUACUUUGCUUUGCUCCGCUUUCUCACGAAGUCCUUCAAUAGCUCUGUAUCUUCUGGCAUCAAAGAAAGCACCGGAAAUGCCAUCUGAAAAAGCAUUUUACUUGAAAGCUCUAUGCUCCUCACUAAUCGUGUUUAGGCCUGCAGGAAGAACUACAUUUGAAUAAGCUAUCUUAAGGUGAUACCGAGCAGGGAAAAAUGUCUUCUGCUGGCCGGUACCCUGAUUUUUAUGUCUUCGGGUGGACGGAGUAGCGGUGCAUGUACUUGUGUGUUCAUAUAUGUUUAUGAAUCCAUGCCGUGUGUAGAAAGAAAGGCCCACAUCUAAAUA